UAGACGACGGAGAGACCGUAUCUGAUCCGAAUCCGAAGGAAGGGUCGCCAGUGAGUCAUUCAACUCGCUGCGAGAAAGUGCCCUCGCUGACUCCGACGAUUUCCCAGCAUUGGUGCAACGUUGCACGUGGAUAAAUCCAAGAAAUUUGACAUAGGUGCGCGAUCUUUCAGAAAAUAUCGACAACGCACUGGGACCCCAGAGAGACAUCGGUGAUCUCACUGAUCCGAUCUAAUAGAGAGCGGAAGAGUACAAAACAAGUUUCGCGCAGCUUGCUCUACCAUCAGGCGGCUCCCCAGGAAUUUAAGGCAUCCAGACCCCGAAUCCUCGGGCCACAAUCCGCCAUGGCGUCCACGUCGAGUGUAAAGAUGAUUGUUUACGCCCUGGACAUACUUUGCACGCUGCUGGCCUUGGUGCUGAUAUCCUUUGGCAUCUAUGUGGUGGUGUCCUACAACCUAAACGAGAUCGGUCAGCUGUCGGCAUACGCCUACGUGGCACUCGGGGUGGCUGCCCUUUUGGUUGUCCUUUGGGGAUACCUGUCCGCCUGGCGCGAGAAUGUGUGCUGCACAGUCACAUUCAUUAUUUUCCUAUGCCUGGUCAUCAUUGCCCAGUUCGCAGUUGUCUACUUGCUGGUCACCCAGGAGAAAACGGUGGCUUCCAACCUAGCCAAUGCCCUGGAGGCCACCUGGGAGGAGGAACUGAACAGCCCCGGUGCCAUGUCGCUGUACCAGAACUGGUUCCAGUGUUGCGGUCGUGGUAGUCCCCAGGACUACAUCGUCAACGAACGACUGCCCCCGGACACCUGUUUCCGAAACCACGACAAGAGCAAGCCGGAGAACCUGAUCCACACCGGAUGCCGGGUGGAGUUCGAAAACUACUGGCAGCACUUGACCAAGAUUUUUAACAUCCUCGCCCUCGUACUCAUAGGAUUUGAGCUUCUGCUGAGUGUCAUCUCUUGCCGCCUGUGCAACAGCAUUCGCAACGAUGCUCGUCGCUCUUACUUUUAGACAGUGAAACCUGAAAAUACUCAACCUGGAUUGGCAGUCGACUUGUUAAAUUUCUAAAGAAUAUUACACUAUUAAUUUAUUGGCUCGGCAGGUCUUGAGCCUUAUUCAAGACUGCGGAAUUGCUGUUACAUUUUUAAAAUUUAAACUCAUUUAAACAGCACAGUGCAAUGAAAUUAUUUCAGUAAAAUACGGAAGGCAGCUCACAACUAAUUUUAAGAAAAGUAAAUAGGUUUAGUUUUAUUUAUUUCAAGAUACUUUUAAAUAAAUAUAUCG